AGCACCCGGCGAGCGAGACCCCCCGGCCCCAAACACAAACACAAAACACUCCACGGACGGCAGGCGCGCGCGCACGGCGCACGCAUCUCUCUUCUGCGCACCCUCCCUCUCUCUCCCCGGCGGAACAAUUCGCCGCGGCCAUGCCGCACCACCGCCAUGAGGGCGGCGCGGCGCCCGCGGACGAGGCCCCGUCGCCGCGGCCCUCGGCCGCCGGCUGCUACGCGUUCCUGACCCGCUCCCACCGCGCGGCGGGGGGCUACCGCCGGCUCGACUCCCCGUCGUCCACGCGGGCGCUCGAGGACGGGGCUGCGGUGGCGGCGGCGGUGAGGGUGGAGGUCGGGACGACGAGGGAGCGGGCGAAGAGCGUGUUCCACGUCGACCCCGCCGUGCUGGAGGCCGGGCCGAUGCGCCGGCUGCUGGCGGCCGCGGGGAGGCGUGCCCCCGGCGGCGUGGUUGCGGUGGCCGUCGACGCCCUGCUGUUCGAGCACCUGCUCUGGCUGGCGACCAAGGCCGGCGCCGGCAGCGGCGACGGGGUGGACGGUGAAGAUGACUCCGGGGCCGCUGAUGACCUGUCGGAGAUCGUGGAAUUCUACUCGCAGGACGACGACCACCACCACCACGGGUCCUGAAUUCCAAUGCUUAAGUUGGUCAAUAAUUUCUCUGAAUCCGCGUCACUUAGCUGUUGUCCUUCAUGCGUAUAAAACUAUCUGUAUACAGCACAAUGUAUACAAUUCUACUCUAAUAAGCUAUAACUAUAGGAAGGGCGGUAUAUAGCAGCAAUAAGGGGAAUAAGUUGUCUAUAGUGUAUGAACUAUGCUUCAAGAGAAAUAUAGCUACUAAUGCUACAUUGAACACAGACUACAGUCGACUAGUAGCGUUAAAUCA